CUUCUUCUUCAUCCACCUCUUCUUCACCAAACACCCGGCGCGCUCACGAACGCAGCUCCAGGUACGGGGGGGCGCACGCGCACAGCGCGGACCAGAACGUGCAGUUUAUGCUGAGUCUGUACCGGAGCGCGGCGGAACCGGACGGCAGACCCAAACAGCACCGGAAGUUCGGCUCCAACACGGUUCGACUGCUCAGACCCACGACGUCCAAUUUACAUCAUGUACCUGCAGCUGCUACGUCAUCAGAUCAUCUCUACACCUUCACUGUUCACUACAACCUGGACACUCUUCCUUCAGAACAGCUGAUCAGAGCGUCCUUCGUCCACCUGCGCUCUCCCUCCUCCUCCUCCUCCCAGGCCCCAGGUCCUCCUCCAUCACCUUCAUCACCUCCUGGUCCUGGUCCUGGUCCUCGCUGCAGGGCUCAGAUCACGUCUCUGGGAGCAGAGAGUCUGGUGACGCUGGAGCCUGAGGAGCAGUGGACGGAGACGGACAUCACCGCUCACGUGAGUGGACACGUCCUUCAGAGCGAGGACGGUCACCUGACCCUCACCGCUCAGUACUGGUGCACAGAACCUGAGCUCCAUCAGCAGAACAGCUCCUCCUGGUGGCGGGGGCGGGACAGUGUUGGAGGACAGAGGAGAGGAGAACCUCACGUGGACGUCCCGUCUCUGCUUCUGUACGUGGAGGAGAAGAGGGCGGGGCAGGACUGGAUGGAGGAGCUGUUAGGAGCUGAGGGUUCAAACGCCAUGAGGAGAAUCAGACC